AAUCACGUCCCGUAAUAAAACCAGAGUCAGGCGACGCAGGAUCUUUUUUUAAUUUAGCAUUCGUAUCACAUCAAUUCCUCUAGUACUUCGGGAAGUACACGUUCUCGCAGUCGCGUACCCGGAGACCCGUCGUCUCUGCUUGUCUCCCGGAUCUCCACCAUGACGGACCUUUUCGGUGCCGCAGAGCUCGGGUUUUAUCGGCGUGUAUUCGACUCCGCGGAACUGGAGCCCGACGGUCAAUUUCUUGGCGGAGUAAAGGGCGCCGAGUUGCUGGCGAAAUCAAGUACAGUUUUUGAUGUAUGCGCACGCCUUUGGUGUUGAGGGCGCCAAGAACGCCCACUACGUGGAGAUAAGUACGAGCAUGCAGUAAUUCCUGGCUGCAAACAUCAUUUACAAGGACUUCACUCAAGGCUCUUGUCGGCCUAUGUCAGCCUCUCCAAAAAAAAAAGAAUGCAUACACAAUCCUCAGAUCUCCCGCGCAAGACCCUGCACGAAAUCUGGAACAUAGCAGAUGCGCGCAACGAGGGAAAGCUCGAUUUUGCAGCAUUCAGCGUCGCCUGUCGACUGGCUGCGCACGCGCAGCAGGGUGCCGCGAUUUCGGAUGACCUGGUGGAAAAGGAGCCGGCUGCUCCACUGCAGCUCAGUUCGAGUGGGCGAGCGACGCCGAGCACCUCGCCCCGCGUCGUGACGCCGACUGGCGCUGCGUCUUCCUCCUCCACCGCGCCGUCACAGGUACAAUUGCCCCUCUGGCGAGGGCUCUGUGGCAAGUUUUGGCUUCUGCUAAUGCUGCAUCGCCCUAUACCGGUAAAACUAAAAGUGUAUGUGUAACAUGAUGAACAUGUUGAGUACGUGGUAAGUGCUGGUAUACAAUAGCAGGUAGACUGGCGUCCCACGGAUGGUGAACUGCAGCAAUACCUCCAAGUGUUCCGCAGUGUGCAGCUAGAGCACACGCCCAGCCCGCCCCCCGGCUACGUGGAGAAGUGCGAAGCGACGCGGAGACUGUUCGCGAAAGCAGGGUUGUCCGCGGCGGAGUUCACGACGCUGUGGACCCUGGCGGACGUGGACGCCGACGGCCGGCUCUCCGUCAAGGAAUUUUGCGUCGCCAUGAACCUCGUGACCAAGUGCCAGAAACUCGGGCUGCCGCUCCCCACUUCCAUCCCCGUCGAUGCGAGCAACUUCAGUCUUCCCGCCUUUUCCCCGGUCCCUGUACCAGCCUCCGCUGUUGUCUCCGGGACCGGCGCAGCGUCGGCCUCGUCCGCCGUUGCACACGGGACCGCCGCGGAAACGGCAAGUGGCAACGGACCGCCCGUCACCCUGCCACUUGUGCCGCCGAACGGAGUGAAUAUCGGCGGUGCAUCUUCGAGCACCAGCAAAAUGGUCUCAACCGGGCCGCCAGGAGUCAAUGGCGCUGCGGGAGAACCAGGGGCCACUGGGGAAGGCGGGAACCCGAGUGAUCCGAGCGGCGCUUCCGCAGACGGAACAAGCAAUGUGACGGGAGGUAAUGCACCUUUUUCUCGAUGUGGAUUUUCCCUUGCGUACUCCCCUGUAGGUAACCUAACUCGUUGGACAUAAGUACGGUCAAACUACAAAGGAUUUUUUGAGAUACAUAUUGAACAUGUGAAAAGAUCCGUUGUUGGAUUCUGUUCCAAUUCGAUUGCGAAUGCAGUGAUAUGUGAACCGCAAACAACAAUAGGUGGCAUGCUCACUCGUGCAUGGCGCGCGGAAGCUAAGAUAGGCAAUCAGGAGCUGAGUCCGGCGGAAAUCGAGUUUCUCGAGGAGCGAGCCAAUCUAGAACUGCAGAUGCGCAGAAAGCGGGAUUUCGAGCGGGCCAUCUUGCGUCUCCGGCACCAGAUCGAAGAUUUGCAGGUACUUGCCGUGUAGUUUUUACUUACAUCUAUACUGAAAGUAAAAGUAGUUUUGCAGCUUUCGCGAGAGCAGGUCGAGACGCCGUAAAGAUGUCCACACUCGAAUUCUACACAACGGAAACGAUGACUGCAAACACGUCGACCAGGGAACAAACCAUGCAAAUGAAAAUUCCAGGCGCAUCAAAGCAUCAAGGAUGUCGAGCGUGCAAAGAUGGCGAGCCGGCUGGAUGAGGUCGAGGCGAGCCACGAGUUCCUCCGCGGCCAAGUUGAACAGGUGGAAAACGACCUUCUGCUGAUCGCCGAGUUGCACCCGAAUCGAGCAACCGCGCAAGUGGACCCGGUCCUGCAGGAAAGCAGCGGAAACUUCGAAGAAUUCCGCUCCAAAGCCCUACAAACCGUGCGACUGGACAGGUAUGCGCGGAAGAUGGAUUUGUUUUUGAAAAGGAUUAGGAUAUAGGAAUUGAGAGGAGGGUAUGUAGCCGUUUUGAUAGUAGAGGACUAGCUGCGCCGACGCCGUACUAGCCUGAAUUUUUUGUUCGAAGUUCGUUCUAGUAUACUGAUCCAGCUGUUGCAAUCCCAAUCCCUAUGUAUUGCAAUACUGUUCGAUGUUAAGAUCACUGGACUGUGAUAGCCAUUCCCAUUACCUAAAUUUCAUUGAUCGUACAGGGAGAUGGCCAGAAUAGACAACGAGAAGCUGGAGGAGCUGCGCGUGAAGCUGAAGGCCAUGGACCGCGAGAAGAAAGCUCUUUCCCAGAAAAACGCCAUCCUGCUCGAAAAGUUCCGCCAGAUCGAACAGGAUCGGAGUUUGCUCAUGGCGAGUAGCAUUUAUUCCAACUUUUCGCUUGUAAAUGCGUUCUACUUUUUUCGUACGGUACUACAAAAGGAGGAACAUAAGUAUCUCCAAAAAAGAUGUUGUAGUAGUUCAAGUGAUCUGAUGAAGUGAUCUGAUGCACGUGAUUCUGAAUUUAAACAAGAAAAUCCGACCAAAACAACAGACGUCGAUACCGAGCGCUCCAAACUUUUGCUACUGCGGGAAGAGCGGCUGAAGCUGCUCACCGAGCGGUGUCAGCUCAAAGCACAAGAAGCAAGGUUGGGCCAGGAACUCGCGAGUAAACCCACGUACCUGCAGAACACGAGGCCGCAGAACGAUUUGAUGUCGUUCAGCUCGCUGGAAAUGCCGCCAUCGAAGCAAUGGCAGGCUUUUGGAAGCACCGCAGAGCCAGCAAACACCGACUGGACUUCGAACUUCAACGGGCCGACAAAGUGGGAGUCGUUCAAGAACUGAGAAAAGUACAUUAUGCCGUAUGCGCCGAGGACCCGAAAGACUUAUAGUGAAGAGGAACUGGUGGGAUGGCGCAGUCCCAUGGCUUUUAGAACUUCAGAUAGAACAUCAGAAGAGCCGCAAUCCUUGCUCUUACUGUUGCUGGCUGCUAAAAUAAAUCGCAGAACGAAGAGAGCUUUGUUUACGCAACCGCUCUUGCACGGAACCCUUGUAAUCGUAACGCGAAGACAUAAAACAAUGCAAAAACGUUGCAGAUGAAAGAGAGCGCCUGCUCGGUGCUGUGUUGCAGCGACCUCCUUUUUUGACCUCAGUCGGGAAGCGAAGCGGUCUUGCGAGUAGUGGUCGCUUCUGAAGACGAUACCUUGCUUCACGAUUCU